CCGCGUGGGCACAGGGCUAACUCAUAUCGAUUCGCAAAUGCAAGCACACGCAAGCAGUCGCAGUGAUGGCGUACUAUCAGAAUGGAAGCUGCAAAUGGACGCUGCCCCCGAGGCAGAAAAAGCGCAGUACCGAUUCUUCUACGAGAAAGCAUUGAAGAGGGAAGAGGAGGAGAAGGAGAAGGAGAGGGAGGAGAAGGUCAAGGCUCAUGAAGCCAUUUUCUGCACCUUGCCUACCCUAACCGAUGCGGAGGUGGAAGAGAAAACCGUUCCACUCCUCCGGGCUUUGGUAGAAGUCCGGGCUGUUGAGGACCAUACUGGUCAAAUUGCCAAAGUGUUCGACAAACUCAAGAAGUUGCGAGAAGACAUGGCCCUGAUGGCGCAGCAGCACCGUGACCAGCUGCAACAGUUCGCUGAUGUGCAGCCAGCCCAAAGAAUCCUUCCGCCUGCUUACCCUGCUUCUAGUGUUGCGUGUCAGUCCGUUCUUGCCCCUCUGAAUGUGUCGUCUUCUACUUCUUCUUCUUCUUUGAGUGUGACUAACAGCCUAUCCGGAUCUGCAGCAGGUCCAGACCCCGUUGCUGCUGCUGCUGCUGCAGCAGCAAGUAGCAGUGCAGGGCAUUCUCGAACUGUUGCAGUCUCGAGCUGCAGCUUUCCUUACAUCGAUAGAAAGGCGGCACAAAUUUCGUCUAAGUAUGAUGGAAAGGACGACAUCGAACCUUGGAUCAGCUCCAUGCUAUCCUACUUCGACGUGCUGGGGACACUCCUAGUUACUCAGUCGUCGGUCCUAGGGACCAAUGUGGAACCCGCCGUAAGAGGAUUCUUGGAAAUCCAAGUUGUACAAGCAGGCUAUAAGAGAAUAGACCUGAACAAAUGGCUUAAGGCUACGCCUGUAGCUACACUCGAGGAACACUUGAUCAAACAAUAUGCUGAUCCAUAUGCUGCAGCCAAAGUUAGACUCAAGCUUGACAAGCUCAAGCACAGCAAGUGGACCGGCACCAUGCAUAGUCUGCAACAGUAUGUUAGUAAACUUUUUGCUACUCCUGACUUGGAAAUGACUACGCAAUCUUGCUUGGAUGUGAUAAAAUACACGGUCCCCUCUACUAUAACACAUCGCCUGGGGCUCGGACUCUGCGCAUAUACAGAUUGGCUUACCCUCAUGCGGGAUUUAGUCAAGCUGGAGGCACAAGACCUCCCGGGUGGAUCGGGUGGCAAAAAGUUCACCGGUCGCAAACGGUUUCCAGACAGCAACCGUUUUUCAGCGCACGAUCUACUUGAGGAUGACGAGGAAACCUUCGCAGAGGAUCCUUCUCUUGAUGACGAUCAAGAGCAAGGCUGUGAGGCAUCUUGCUCUUCGUCAGCCCACGAGUCUGAGUGUGUGAACGAUGAUGAAUCUAUGAAUGCCUUCAAGAAGACUGCCUUUAAAAGUGGAUGCAAGGUCUUCAGCAAGAUCGAUCUCAAGUUUGGCUAUCACCAGAUUGAAGUCGAUCCUGCAGACCAGUGUAAAACCGCAUUCAAAACUCGCGAUGGGCUGUACGAAUUUACAGUCAUGCCCUUCGGUCUCACGAAUACGCCAACCACCUUUCAAAGUCUCAUGGAUAAGCGCAUCAAACCGUCUCGACAGAAGCCCUAUGGGCUGCUGCACCCUCUUCCUAUCCCUGAUGGCCCGGGUGAGUCUGUUUCCAUUGACUUUAUGGACAUAGGGAAGAAGAGCAGAAACGGUUAUUCACAAGUAAUGGUGAUCAUUGAUCGUUUCUCGAAAUUUCUGAAUUUGAUCCCUUUGCCACCUUACGCCCCAGCUGACCUUGUGAUCAAUGAGUUUAACAAGAGAUACAUUUUGCAUUACGCCCCCCCGAAGACUCUUGUGAGUGAUCGGGAUACCAGGUUCAUAAGUGCAGAUUGGAAAGAUUUCACCUCCCAGACCUACGACAUGAAACUCAAGAUGACGUCUGGUCGACAUCCCGAAGCCAAUGGACUGGCCGAGGAGAUCAACCAGACUGUGAUCCAACUUCUCAGGGCUCUAAUUGUACUUGAUCAAAACUCUUGGGAUGAGGAGUUGCCGAUUGUGCAGGGGUUGUAUAACAACUCCAUCCACUCCUCUACCGGGAUGACGCCUAACCGGCUGCAUCUUGGAUGGAAAAUCCGCAAUCCUCUAUCUUAUCUGUUCCGUGAACAGCCACCUGGCCUAACACCUGGCCAGCCAGGCUACAACGCUAAGUUUGAUCGCCUGCUCAAAGUUGUUGUUGCCGCUAUGGAAAGGCGACACAGUGCCAUGAUUAAACAUGCUAACAACAAGCGCCAACCUGCACCUUUCACAGUGGGAAGUUAUGUCUGGGUCAAAAUGUCUGAGUUUUCUGAAGAAGAAGGUGUAUCACGAAAGCUUCUUCCUCAAUACUACGGUCCGUGGAAGGUGUUGAACCAGACAUGGAUGGAGAAGUUUGGGUUCAGGAAGGACGAGUGGGCGAAGGAAUCGGAGGCUGAGCGAGCAGAACUCGUGGCAAGGAUGGAGGCGGCAGACGAUGAUACGGAAAGGGAGCUGAUCAUGCAGGAAAGGGAAAAUGAGUUACCGCAAAGGAUCCUGGCAAAGAAGAGAGCGGAGCUUGAAGAAAAGAGGAGGUUGAAAGCAGAAGGAGAGGAGCUCGAGGGUCAGUUAAGGGAGCAGAAAGAACGUGCAAUCGCGCCCUUGUAGUGGACUCCCUGCUGCAUAUUAACAAAGAAGUUACCAUCAU